AUGCUACGCACGGCCUUCGGAGCUGGCGGCGGCCUGCUUCGUGGCGCGUCCCGUGUCGUGUUUGGCGGUGCGGCAAGCAGCAGCAGCAGCGGCAGGCCCCUCACGACGUCCAGACCAGCGGCAGCGCCAGAGGUCCUUGGAAACACAGACACGGAGCGUGCCAUUGCUGAGAAGAUUGCGGGCGGCCUCACGGGCGCGACGAGCGUGCGUGUGGAGGACACAAGCGGCGGCUGCGGCACGAUGUACGCGAUCGAGGUGACGGCCAGCGACUUUGACGGCCGCAGCAAGAUUAAGCAGCAUCAAUUGGUGACCAAGCUGAUUUCAGAUGAUGUGAAGCAGUGGCAUGGUUUCCAGCUCGUGACCAAGACCCCGUGA